AAACUCACUGCUCUAUAAGUAAUUAACUACCAAAUAAAUCUAAUCAAAAUCAAGACAUUAAUUUUUACAUGCUAAAACACCAUUUGGGUUGUUGAGGAAAACCAGUUAACGGUUUCAGUUUACACUUCUCCUUUUUUUUCCCCUCCCACAAUCAAAGAGAAUUUGCCUCUCUCUGAAACCAAAUGGUGAAGGAAAUGAGGUCUGUUGUGAACCCAUUUUCAGCCCCUAAACACAAUAAUGUCAUUAUAAAGUUCGCAGUCUCAUUUCUCUUGGUUGGUCUUGCUUUCCAUUUAUUAAUCUCUGAUUCAUUCAGAUUCUCUUCAGUUGUUGAGACACCAGUACCAGCUAAUGAAGAGACUGAACCAGAGUCUUUAGUGGCUUCUUUGCCUGCUGAAGAGCCAGUAUCUAAUGAUUUCGCAGCUAAUGAAAGCCAAACUUCACAGCCAGGAAAGUGCGAUUUGUUUGUUGGAGAUUGGAUACGUGACCCUUCGGGUCCGUUUUACACAAAUCAGAGUUGCCUUCAAAUUGAAGGUCAUCAAAACUGCAUGAAAAAUGGAAGACCUGAUUCAGGGUACCUCCACUGGAGGUGGAAUCCACGGGGCUGCAGUCUCCCCAGGUUUAAUCCUAAAAAAUUUCUUCGCCUGAUGAGGAAUAAAUCAUGGGCCUUUAUUGGUGAUUCCAUUUCUCGUAACCAUGUCCAGUCAUUGCUUUGCACUCUCUCUCAGGUGGAGCAAGCUGUUGAGGUCUACCACGAUGAGGAAUACAGAUCGAAAAUAUGGCGCUUUCCAUCUCACAACUUCACACUUUCAGUGAUUUGGACCCCGUUCCUUAUCAAAGCAGAUAUUUUUGAAGACAUGAAUGGAAUUUCCUCUUCAGAAAUCCAGCUUCAUCUAGAUAAACUUGAUAAAAAAUGGACCGAUCAAUAUAGGAAUCUUGAUUAUGCAAUAAUUGCUGGAGGGAAAUGGUUCCUGAAAACUGCCAUAUACCAUGAGAACAAUGUGGUUACAGGCUGCCAUUACUGCCCUGGAAAGAAAUUGACUGAGCUAGGGUUUGAAUAUGCAUAUCGCAAAGCAAUGCAGCUGAUUUUGAACUUCAUUACAAACUCUGGUCAUAAAGCUCUUGCUUUCUUUCGAACGACUACGCCAGACCACUUCGAGAAUGGAGAAUGGUUUAGUGGGGGCACUUGCAAUAGAAAGGUACCCUUCAAAGAAGAUGAGGUUAAUAUGGCCGAUGUAGACACAAUAAUGCAUAAUAUUGAACUGGAAGAAUUCGAGAAGGCUACAGCAUUGGGGCCUGAAAAAGGGGUGGCUUUGAAACUUCUGGAUACGACUCGAUUAUCAUUGUUGAGACCAGAUGGGCACCCAGGACCAUACAGGCAGUUUCAGCCAUUUGCUGAGGAUAAGAAUGCUAAAGUUCAGAAUGAUUGCUUACAUUGGUGCUUGCCUGGGCCAAUAGACUCUUGGAAUGAUUUGGUGAUGGAGAUGAUAGUCAAUGGUGGAAUAUAUUAAUGACAGAUAUUUGCUAGGCUCAGCUAUUCCAUGAUUUUUCUUGACAAGCUUCGCUGAAUAAGAUUUCGAUGAUUGAAUGAAGUGGGUAUCGGUAUUGGAUAAAAAUAAACAGCUGAUUUUCCUUGGGUUGUGCCUACCUUACCUUACUGGGGAUGCCAUUACCCUGCCUGUGUACACCUGUUGGGUUGGAUUUUGUAAAUCAAGAACCUAUUCUGUGAUACACUUUGAAUUUACGGUCGUUCUUUCGUAGAAAACCUACACUGUUCUUUGUUUUGGGUCCAACAGGACCAGCACAGCUUUUCAGUUGUAAUCAUAUGCACCCUCAAAAUAUAAUAAUAAUAUUAACAUAUAGCACAUUUGCCAUUUGAUUUGGUGCCUUAACACAGAAGGAUGUUUUUCAUGCUAUGAUGCAUUUCUCAUGUUAUUCGAUGCAUAAAUGCUAACGAUUAGAGAACAGAAUAACUAAGAGUUAAUCACCAGCCACAAGCUGCCGCAUCAGGUAGCAAAACAAAGCUAGUAAACGCAUCAUCAGUUAGUAAAAGUGUUAGCAUCUACUUGAAACCACAAUAGCAUUGAUAAAAUACCCUGCGGUUGAACCAGUCAUCCGAGGAGGUCAAUUCAAAUCCACUUUUUUUUUUGGAGAGCAACGAAAACACAAGCUUGCCAGAUGAAUUUAGUUGCCCUUGCCACAAGCCCAUUGGCGGGUCGCAUUCGACUUACCCAAGCAUUUCCAAGGUUCAACUAUGUCUACAUUAUAAAGGCUCUCCCUGGAACUUGACGGAGGCAACGCGAUUGUUGAGCAAAAAGGAAAUGAAACAGCUUGUCCAGUUGAAAUCAGCUCAGCCAAUGUAUACAACAUAUUACACGGUACAAAAUUGUAAGACCAUGUUUUUAUCAACAAACAGUGAUAGCUUUUUGACUCCUAAAUUCUAACCCUUCAAUAGCAAAUAAAAUAACAUGUAAAGUUGCAAGUUAAUAUACUUGAGGGAAAAUCCAGACGUUGCCGCUUCUCUUGAAUGGCAAAGGGCAAAGGCCAAAUCUUCAUCAUAGGAUAUGCCUACAACUCUUUCACCAUUCAUUGUGCCAAUGGAAUUCUAUGGCUAACAGCACAGAGCAUUUAAAAAAGAUACCACUGAAUUGCCUAAUUAUGUUAGUUUUUUACUUAAAAAAUCAAUAUAACUUAGUUUCUUUGACCAAACUCUUUGGCUUCUGGUUACAUGUAUGGACAAACAAUGCAAUUUAUCAGGAAAAAAUGUAGAAACUAAAUCUGAGCUGGUAUUUUACAUAAAGAAAAACAGAACAUGAAAGAAAGAAAAGCAUUAUGUUUACCAAAAAUUCAUAAGCACAGUCACAUUUCAUGUGAAAUUCACAGCAAGUGAGUUGUGGCAGCUGCAGCCUUUCGCUUACUUCUUGUGACAAGAAUUAACAAAA